GCUUGUUUGGGCGCGAACUUUUUAACAACAGACGAGGCCGCGAAUUCAUGAGCUGAAAUAAUUAAAAGGCAUAGGAAGUAUGGCGUUGACAAGCGGCGAAAGAUCGGCGCUAUGGCGCAAAAGACAGAGAAAUGAUACAGAAAAACACGAAAAGUACAAGCAAAAAGAAAGAGAGCGAUAUUUGAAAAGGAAGGAACGGGGCAAUAUAAAAUUAGUUCACGACAUGUCCAAAAGAGAAAAAAGAUCAAAGCGACGUGCAUGGAAGAUUAGCAGUAAAACCUACAGAGAUCGAACGAAAAAGAUCACGGCGGCAUUGAAAUUAACCAUGACACCCCCGAAUUCCCCACCAGACAAUGGACCAGGGCCAAGCCGAGAGAUACAGAACAGGGACAGAGGCUGAAGAAAAAAGAAUUUAAAUAGAUCAAAAGCAUACAGAGAACAGUUUAAAUUAAGAAUAGCACUCAACAAAGAAAGACGCAUGAAAGAUAUGUACAAGAAGAGGUACUACAGGUUAAAAAACAAGAACAUUAAGCGCACUGAAAGUCAAAUUGAUAAUGAAGUGGAAAUAAUAAUGAACGAUAGAGCGAAGACAAAGACCGCCAUUACCAUGUACUCGAUACUUAUAAAUAACAUAAGAAAGAGGUAUUCAAAUGCUGAAACCGCCGAAAAGAGAAUGCUAAAAAAAUUGAUAUAUAGGGAAGCAGUAUUACGCAAAUACGGGAUAGGGGAUUUUGCCAAAAAAGCAACCGGGAUUUCAGAGAGUAGAAUACGGGUGCACGCAAACACACCACGAAGACAGAGAAGCACAGUUUUCCAGAAAAACAUAACAGACUUCUUUGAAAGAGAUGAUAACUCGAGAAUCAAGGCCGGAAAGAAAUCAACCAUCACAAGAAGAAAAGUGAAAAAGCAGAUUCGAUUAAUGAAUGAUAGUUUAACAAACUUGCACAAGAAAUUUCUUUAUGAAAACAGCUCCAACAUCAGUUUUAGUCUUUUUGCAAGGUUGAAGCCUUUUUGGAUAAAACGAGCCACUGAGAAAGACCGCGAAACUUGUUUGUGCAAAAUUCAUGAAAAUCCCAUAUUAAAAUUAAAUAAACUUGCAAGUGAAGGUGUGUUCGAACACCGCGAUCUGAACACCUUAAUACAAGAUAUCACGUGCGAUACAAACUCAAUUUCCUGCAUGUACCGCACGUGCACGGAGUGCAAGGACAAAGCAUUUAAAACUAAUGUCGUGAAGAGUAACAUAAAUACUGGAAAAAUCAUUGAAUGGAAAAUGUGGAAGAACAAAAGAAUUGAAAGAGAAAUAACCCUGAAUGGCGAAAAGCAAGUUAAGAAAUCAAACAUGACUUUAAAAAGCCAAGAAAGUGGGACUAUAGAAACGCUCAUUUAUGAAUUGCAUGAGGAGAUUUCACGAUUUGCAAGACAUGAAUUUAACAUUAAGCACCAGUAUAUAAGGCUCCAUCAACUGAAACAAAAUUUAACAGAUAACGAGGUUAUCAUACAUAUUGAUUUCUCAGAGAACUAUCAAUGUAAAUAUGCAUCUGAGAUUCAGAGUGUACAUUUCGGUUCGUCAAAACGCCAAAUUUCUAUUCACACCGGUGUCGCCUAUUUCAAAUCCAAGCAUAUAUCUUUCGCAACCGUAUCGGACGAUUUGAAACACUCCCCUCCUGGAAUAUGGGCACAUCUCGAUCCUAUCCUCUUGCACAUCCGGCGGACCACUCCUGACAUCGAUAAAAUCCAUUUCGUCUCCGAUGGGCCUACCACACAAUACAGGUGUAAAUCAAAUUUCUACCUCUUUUCUACGAAAAUUUUCGAGUAUGGCUUUGUAAAUGGCGGAAGUUGGAAUUUUAUGGAGGCAGGACACGGCAAGGGCGCCCCUGAUGGUAUUGGAGCUGUGUCAAGCGUGAGGCGGAUACACUCGUCAACACCCAUGAGACGGACAUAACGGGUGUUAGUGCAUUAA